GAUAGUUUAAUUUCCGGGCUUGCCCUGAAGGCAUCACCUGCAGCUCGGUGCGCGUGAAGGUGGGGUGUAGAGGAAAAAGACGGCAAGGAAAAACUCCAUGCUGCCGCGAAGCACAGUUUUCCAAUUAAAAGGAAAAAAAGAGGUUCAAUUAACAUUUGUGAGAGAGCUGCCGUUAGCGGUGAACCACAGACGGGUACCUCCCUCGAAGGAGUCGGAGUGUUUCUUCGAACUUUUUGAACUAUUCUGUGGUUCAUAGUUCACAAAAAAGGAGUUACUGAGACCAGUUCAGGGUGGGACUGAAUGACGAUAUUCAAAAAGUUGGUGCCAGCUGUGUGAGUACAGGAUGUGACGAGGAUCUCACAUCCUGAGUGAGGCAGCAGAGAGGCAGAACAUAGGCAGCACCAAACAUCCUGUGGUUAUAUACAAAGAGCAUCAAGUUUCUCAGAAGACAGGCAGAGGCAGCGGUGACACAGGCAUGAUGAACCAAUGAAGUGAGUCCGUCUCCCCUGCAGCAGCACCACCAACCACAUCCCACCACAGCAUGACAGACGAGGACGCUAGAUAUAGGUUAGCUAUUGGACGCAGAUGAUCUGCUGUGGUGACCCCUAAAAGAAGCAGCAAAAAAAAAAAAGGAAGAAGGAUUUCCAGAUCAGUUUUUGUGUUGUGACAGCAGACUGAACAAACCCUGCAACGCUGCAGCCUUCAGACCCGAGAGUGAGAUUCUGCAGAGGAAAGUUUUGACCACAUCCAGUUUGGGUCCAAUUUAUCUGAAAAUGGCCUCAGAUCCCAAAAAAAUAGGAAGCACAGAGCAUAAACUUUCUUCAUCAAAGAGCAAAGCAGAGACUGAAGAGGAAAAAUCGCAACAUGUCCAAGGUCACACUGGGACAGCAAAUAUCUCUUCCAGAUACAACAAUAUCAUAUCUAAAAGUAAUCUGAUCCAUUCAGGACCCCUUUCUGUCUACCAGCUGAGACCAAAGAAAGAGAAGUUAGAGUCUUUUACAAAAAUGACUGUUGGUGAAAAAAAUCUGGACAAGACAAACAGAACGAUCUUACUUGUGGGUGAAACAGGAGCAGGAAAAUCUACGCUGAUCAAUGCUCUGUUCAACUACAGCAUAGGAGUGAAGUGGGAGGAAAAAGUCUGGUUUCAGAUCAUAGAGGAGGAGAAGAGAAGUCAGUCUGAAAGUCAGACGUCAGAUGUGAUCGUGUACGAGAUCUUUGGUUUUGAAGAUAAAAAUUUGCCCUACUCUCUGUCCAUCAUCGAUACUCCUGGAUUUGGAUGCACCAAAAAGCCUAAAGAUGAUGGCAAAGUCAGUGAAAAAUUAUUUCAGUUGUUUCAAUCAGAGGAUGGAGUUUAUAAAGUUCAUGCAGUGGGUCUGGUGAUGAAAGCGACAGGUAAUCGACUGAGCGAACGACUGAAAUAUAUCCUUGAUUCAGUGAUGUCUCUGUUUGGAAAGAACCUGGAGGAAAACAUUGUGGCGCUCAUCACACACUCAGAUGGAGUAAAACCUAAAAAUGUUCUUGAAGCUCUUGAAACUGCAAACAUUAAAUGUGCCAAAAAUCAGAAGUAUGAGCCUGCUCACUUUCUGUUUGAUAAUCAACAGAACACACUGAGAACAAAAGACAACAACUGUGCUCUGGAGGCAGCAUGGAGAGUAACAGAGAGAGGAAUGAGUCAAUUCACACAAUUUCUGAAAGAAUCUAAACCUCAAAAACUUAAGAAAACUGUUGAAGUGUUGAAAGAACGUAUCACACUGACAGCCUGCAUCCAAAACCUGGAAGACAGAAUCAAACAGACUGAACUGAAACAGAGAGAAAUCAAACAGAUUCAAGAAGCUCUGCAAAAACAUGAGGGAGAGAUGAAGCAGAAUGAGAAAUUCACUGUAGAAGUUGAUGAGGUCUACAAAGAUAAACAAAAUGUUGAUGGUGGGAUGUGGUUGUUUUUUUAUCAAGGAGCUGUCUGCUGUAAAGUCUGUGAGGAGAACUGUCACUAUCCUGGAUGCACAAAGGCCUGGUAUCCUAAACACUGUGAGGUCAUCAAAGAUGGCUGCUGCACUGUUUGUACCAACAAGUGUCCUGCAUCCGAUCACGUGAAAGAAAAUUGGAUCUAUGUGACCAAGACAAAGAAAGUUCAAAAGACUGUGCAAGAAAUGAAGGAAAAGUAUGAGAAGAAUAAAUCAGAAAGUCAUAAAAAGUUGAGUCUGUUGGAAAAUCUGAAAAAAGAAAUGGAUCAACUGACAGCAGAGAAGUCACAGUUCCUGGAUGAGUCCUACCAACAUGUUGUCAGACUGGAGGAGAUCGCUCUGAAAGCUGAUUCGGCAUCCACUAUUGUCCACUUGGACUUCCUGAUUGAGAAGAUGAAGGAGAGAGGAGACACAGAGAAGGUCCAGAAACUGGAGGAGAUGAAGAAGCAGAGAGAGUGAAGGAACCAGAGCAGGAAUGGAGUACAUAAGGCGUAAAAAAAACAAAAAA